AUGGGGCGUGUACAAGCACUCUCGACAAGGAAAGCAGUAAGGGAAUCUCUGCUGAAGUACAGAUUCCAGUGGACAAGUCUGCGAGUGAUCUACGCCAUGUUUAGCCUGGUGGGAUCGACGGUCUUCGCUGUUCUCAGCUGCCUGCACAUGUCUUCGCAAGGUCUCACCUUCAGCCGCACAUCGCCCACGGUGUUCUUCGCUUGCAGCGCGCUGGCGUCCCUGCUGUUCGUGCAGCUGGCCCGCGACUGGCCUGCGCUGGCGGCCGCCUGGGACGCCGUCGAGAGGCGCCUGGCGCCGCGGUACGGCUACCCCAGGGGCGUCGCGCGCCGCUGCAGGCUCGUGACCGCCACAGUGCUGCUCAGCGCCCUAGUGGAGCACCUGUUGUCGAACGCACCGACGGCCGUGGAGACGUACAACUGCUCACCCAGCGGCCUCGCCUUCGUGCGCAUCUACUUCACCAGCAAGUACUAUUACGUGCUCGACUACCUGGGCUACAACUUCGCCGUCAACUUCUGCACGGCUUUUAUAAGCAUCAUCGCCACGUUCGCGUGGAACUACGUGGACCUGUUCAUCAUCCUUCUGAGCAUCGCCAUUACGGAGCGAUUCAAGCAGAUCAACGGAGCAGUCCAGUCGUGCACGGACAAGGUGGUGGGCGAGCGCGAGUGGCGGCAACUGCGGCUGGACUACAACAGCCUGGCGCAGCUCACCAAGACGGUCGACAGGCACGUCAACAAGAUCGUGCUGCUCUCCUUCGCUACCAACCUCUACUUCGUCUGCCUCCAGUUCCUCCACAGCAUGAAGCCACUGGCCAGUGCGGUGGAGACUGUGUACUACUACUGGUCGUUCAUCUACCUGUUCGCCAAGACCUGCCUCGUCUCACUGUCGGCUUCAGACAUCUACGUCCGGAGCAAGGAGCCCAGCACUCUGCUCUACUCCGUGCCACCGCUGGACUACAGUACUGAGGUGGAGCGUUUCCUGAGUCAGGUGACCUCCGACCACGUGGCCCUCACGGGACUCAACUUCUUUCCCGUCACGCGCACGCUGCUCCUCACGGUGGCAGGUACUAUUGUGACCUACGAAAUUGUCCUUGUGCAACUAAAUGCGCCAUCAGACGUAGCAGACGUUGCCGGCGAAGAAUCUGGAAACAGGACUGCCCUUUGCGAAACAUUACGACUCUAAGC